ACGCGGCCUCAUGGUGACAGCAACGCCGACCCACGCGGCCAACGAGAAGCGCAAGCGCCUGGACGCCUACCACACGCUUGAGGACGAGGGCUUCUCGUACCUUGGCGACAACUCGUACAUCCACCACGGCUACCGGCUGCACUACUCGAUCAAGGAAAGCUUUCUCUCGCUCUUUGAGCUCCACAACGAGACGAUGAACGUCUGGACGCACCUCAUCGGGUCGAUCGUCUUCUGGAGCCUCCUCAUCUCUGUGUGCCUCCAGGUCGAGGUCGACCGUGCGCCCGUGCUGCACCCCCACGCAGCCACGGUCUCGAGUUUGCCCUUUCUGCACGGCGGGCAGCACACGCAGCGACUCUUCACGGCGCAGACCGCGCCAUCCAGCAGCGAGCGCCUCGUCAUGGAGAGCUUGAGCUUGAACGGGUCGCCGCGCGAGUGCAUCGAGGCCGCGAGCGGGCUUCUCUUUGCUGAGAGCACGUUUACGACACUGUCGACGCUCACCCACGACGACGCCAACCACAUUGCGCAGCUGCAGCGGGACAUGCGCCUUCUCGAGCACGAGCUGCUCGAGCUCAUGGAGCACGCAUGGGUCAACCGCCACCUCUCAGUGAACUUGCUCGCGCUCCAGCACAGCCUCUCGGACCGGAUCCACAAGCUCCAAUCGCACUUGUCGCCGAGCGUGCACCGGUCGCUGCUUCAAGGCUUGAAUCACUUGGACGAAGCGCUUGGUCACCUCGAGAACGAGCUCGGACACCAAGUGCCGACGUGGCCGAUGGCAGUCUUCAUUGCGAGUGCGAUCGUGUGCCUCUCGUGCUCGGCGACGUUCCACUUGCUUUACGUGGUGAACCGGCAAAUCUACUUUUUCCUCAGCCGCAUGGACUACGCCGGCAUCGCGGUCCUCAUUGCUGGGUCAUUCUACCCACUCAUCUACUACUCAUUCUACUGCCACCCGCUGCUUCGAACCUUUUACCUCACCACCAUCUCGGUGCUCGCGGGCGCCACCUUUGCCAUGUCGCUCAUCCCCAAGUUUAGCACGCUCGAAUACCUCUACAUCCGGACGUGCAUCUUCAUCGGACUCGGACUCUUUGGCAUCAUCCCGGUCACGCACCUCUGCCUCAUGUUUGGUGUCUACGACGAGCACGUGACCGUCGUCCUCGGACCGCUGCUGCUCAUGGCCUUUCUGUACAUUUUUGGCGCGUUCAUUUACUCGAUUCGGUUCCCCGAGCGCUUGUACCCGGGUGGCUUUGACGUCUGGGGUGGGUCGCACCAAGUGUGGCAUUGCUUUGUCGUCGCCGCCGCCCUCGUGCACUACUUCAACGUUACCCAGCAAUACGAGUGGCGCUGGAACCACACCUGCCCCGCGCCGUGAAAGGACCUGCGGACGUGUUUUGAUAUUUCAAAUGACUUUGUACACAUUCUACCUAUUGUCG